UCCGACCAAUCAGCUGCGUCGUUGGCGGUAACAUGGCGGCGCGCAGAGAGGACGACACGGAGCUGCGCUGUGGGAAUAAAUAAACACGGAGAUGGUGGAUUUGUCGCUGCGUUUCCGCGUGUAAAACCUUUUCAUUUGAGGGAGCGAGAGAUGACGCUGGCGGCGUGUUUGGGUCGAGCUGUGUCCCGCGGGACCGUCAGGGCGGCGCUGAGGAGCCGCAGGGGCUACAGCAAGCUCCAGCCAUCAGCCAGCCAAUCAGAGCGACUGCGACUCUUCCAGGCCUUCUCAAAAAGCCCAGACCAGGAGGGGGCGGAGCCUGGGAGAGAGCUGAGCAUCCGAUUGGCCGACGGCAGAACGCUGAAAGGAUGGUCGGGGGUCACGACCCCGUUACAAAUCGCUCAGGAUACACGGGUUAAAGGAGCCGUUGUGAGCCGGGUGAGCGGUGCAUUGUGGGAGUUAUCUCGCCCCCUAGAGGAUGAUUGUGAGCUACAGCUGCUUGCCUUCGACACCACGGAGGGAAAAGAGGUGGUGUGGAGGACCGGUGCGUGUGUAUUAGCAAGUGUGAUGGAAACGCAUUUCGGUGCUCAGGUGUGUCGUGAAGGCGUUUCAGACACCGGGCUGUACUGUGACUACAGACUGGACAACCGCACGGUGUGUUUAGAGUCAGUGGAGCGGACGUGUGUGGAAGCGGCAGCGUUAAAACUCCCCAUCAUCACAGCACAGCUGAGCGCGCACCAACUCCGACAGCUCUUCCAGGACGACGAUGUGAGACUGCAGUGUGCUGAGGAGGCUUUGAGACUCGGGGACACAGUCAGCGUUUACAAGUAUGGAGUGUGUGUAGGCGUGUGUUCCGGUCCGCUCCUCCCUCACACGAGCUCCCUGCGCUCCUUUAAGAUCUUACAGGUUUCACCCGUGACAUUAUCGUGCAGUCCUGAGGCAGAGGGCGUGCAGAGGAUUAUGGGAGUUGCGUUUCCAGGCGAUAGAGAGCGGGAGCAGUGGGAGCGCGAGCAGGAGGAGGCCAAGAAGCGAGACCACCGACGCAUCGGCAAGGAGCAGGAGCUGUUCUUUUUUAACGACGUCAGUCCAGGGAGCUGCUUCUUCCUGCCCAAAGGAGCUCACAUUUACAACAUGCUGACCGACUUUAUAAAGAGCGAGUACAGGAGGCGGGGCUUCAGUGAGGUCGUGACCCCGACCCUAUACAGCACGUCGUUAUGGCAACGCUCGGGGCACUGGGAGCACUACAGCGAGAACAUGUUCACGGUGACGUGCGAGCCGCACACUUUCGCCCUAAAGCCUAUGAACUGCCCCGCCCACUGUGUGAUGUAUGAGCAGAGAGUGAGGUCAUGGCGUGAGCUUCCGCUGCGCUGGGCCGAUUUUGGGGCGCUGCACCGCAACGAGCACUCGGGGGCACUAGGGGGCCUGACCAGGGUACGACGCUUCUGUCAGGAUGAUGCACACAUCUUCUGCACACCCGAGCAGUUAGAAAAGGAGAUGACGGCGUGUUUGGACUUCGUGCGGAGCGUGUAUCGUGUGUUUGGGUUCACAUUCCAUUGCUUGCUGUCCACUCGGCCUGCCCAGUUUCUGGGAGACUCCGCCCUCUGGGACAACGCAGAACAGCAGUUGGAGAAGAGUCUGCGGUGUUUUGGCGAGCACUGGGAGCUCAACCCUGGUGACGGUGCUUUUUAUGGUCCAAAGAUUGAUAUCCAAAUCCGAGAUGCGAUUGGUCGACAGCACCAGUGUGCCACCAUCCAGCUGGACUUCCAGCUGCCAAUCAGAUUCAACCUGGAGUAUGUUGGAGCGGAUGGACAGAUGCACAGGCCCGUGAUGGUGCACCGUGCUGUUCUGGGUUCGCUGGAGAGAAUGAUUGCAAUCCUGGCUGAGAACUUUGGUGGCAAGUGGCCGUUCUGGCUGUCCCCGGCGCAGGUCAUGGUUUUGCCAGUAGGGGACGAAAGCGAGCACUACGCCCGGGGUGUGGUCCAGAGGCUGAAGGAGGCGGGCUUUAUGGCUGAGCUUGAUAAUGACCACGGUUCCACCUUAAAUAAAAAGAUUCGAGCAGCGCAACUAUCCCAGUACAACUAUAUAUUUGUGGUGGGAGAGAAGGAGCGACAGAGCGGGACGGUCAGCGUGAGGACGAGAGGAGGGAAGCAGCUAGGUCAGAGGUCGUUGGAGGAAGUGAUGACAUCACUGAUGGAGCUCCGAGAGAGCCGCAGCAACCAGGAGCACUUCUGAGAUGUGUGUGUGUGUGUGUGUGUGGUCCUGUCAUGCAUACUUCUGUGUAAUGUUUUUAAUAAAAUCAUGUAAUUCAUGA